CAUUCAUAAAAUCGUCACAUGUGUGCAUUGUGAGAGCACCUAAUACUAAAAGUAUACAUAUCUAGUCUGGAAUAAUUGUGAGUCUGAGUUUUGACAUUAAAUUAAUGGUGGAUCAUCAUUAUCAUUGGUACCUAACAUAACAUCCUCAUAAAAUGGACGACUUCGAUGUGUUCGAACCGAAUUGCGAAUAUGUCGUGUGAUAUGUAGUUUUUUGUAUGCGUAUAUACCGCCAAUCGCAAUUAAAACAAGAAUUAUUGGUAUAAGAACGCCGGCAACUAAAUGACUAUGAUGUGGUCGUGGUGAUUUGAGUUUUUCUUCAAGUUGUGCAUUUGGUUUGUCAUUGAUCACAAUCUUUUCAUCACUGCUAUCAUUUCGGUUCGUUUUUUUUGGAUAUUUCAUGCCUACUUAAAUCGUCGACUUUACAAUAGUCAUCAUCACUGAAAUCAAUUGAAAAUUAUUGAUAUUUGUUUUUAUUUCAUUCUCAAUUGUGAGGAGAGUUCAGCUCAAGCUCAUACCUAGUUGAUUUUGGAUUGAAAAUAUAGCCACUUAUGCAUUGACAAACACCGUCAUAACUUCCAGGCUGUUGUUCAACACAUCUUGUUAGAGUUGGACAUUUAUUUCGCAGAAUUGUUUCAGUAUUACAACGUUUAACUGAAAAAUGUGUGGAAAAAAGUGUGUUAAGGACCCAAAUAUCAUAAAGCCGAUAAGAUAGAGACAAAAAAAAUUGUGGCUGAACACUAUGUGUCUAAUAAUAUCCCAAAUCAUACGAAAUAAGAAGACUGGACAUAUUUUAUGUAUUCACGAAUCUUAUGCAUUUGUGGUAGCUUUAUUUGAAAUCUUAGCCGCCGCCCCAGCCGACGAUUGUUUGUGUAAAUGAUUCAUAGCAAUCAAAUCAUAAUAUGAUAUCGUACUUUUCAAACAAGUGAAUUCGAUAAAAAGAAAAAUGUUUCAUCGAACAUUUAUAUAUUUCGACUACAAUACUUUUUUAAAAGUAAUUUUGAUACUAUACACAGUUAUAAAUGUGAUCAAUAAUGUGAAAGGUGAUCGAGGAUCAUUUGAAGGAUGUUAUUCACAAAAUUUAUAUUUAAAAAAACUUGUCAUUUUUUCGGGAUCGUCCGAUGUCUGUAUUCAUGCAUGUGAAUCAAUUUACUACCGAUAUGCAGUUCUCAAAGGCAAUGAAUGUUUCUGCACUGAUAUUAUAAACGAAACCGAAGUAAAGACCGAUGAAUGCGAUCGUCCAUGUACAGAAAACGUGAAAGAAUUCUGCGGAGGUGCAUAUACACAAAGCUAUUAUGACACUGGCAUUAAAGUUCCGGGCCCACCACAAAAUUUGGAAAUCAUUAAUCGAACGGACUCUUCGAUAUUAAUACAAUGGUCGGCACCUGAACAAAUGAAAUCAUUAACACAAUAUAUUAUUCGAGCCAAUGUCAUUAAGAAAUAUGGAUCGAAACUUCUAUCACCAUUACCACAAUGGGCUGUUGAGAAAACUGGUCACACCAUUCAGUAUGAGCUAUUUAAUUUGAAUCCAGGUACAACGUAUAAUUUUUCGGUAACAUCAUAUUCAAACGAAGGCGAAGGUGGCAUGAGUUGGAAAACUGGCGAGACUGACAUAAAUAUACCAGAUCCAGCACCUCCACAGCCACAAAUUCUCAACUCUAACGGAAAGCAAAUGACAAUCGAAAUACCGCCUCUCAUCAAUAACAAUGGGCCAAUAAGUGCGAUUCAUGUUGUGGUCAUUUUUGUUGACUCAGAACUAUUACAAGAAUUCGACGAAAAUCUAUUGAAAGGAUAUAAACAAGCGUCAGAUGAUGGGCUAAGCUAUUAUAUAACCGCUGAACUCGCAAAUGAGCGUUCAGCGAGAAAAUUUGUCAUUGGCAAUGGCUUGAAUUAUGGUGGCUAUGACAAUGUCCCAUUACCAUCCGAUCGAAAUGUGCACGUUUCAUUGGGAAUAGUAUCACAACUUGGAAAAACGAUAAAAAAACGCUAUUCAAGAGAUGCGACCAAUAAAAAUGCUGAACUCAUUGUUCCAAUUAAUAAUGACAAUAUUGAUGACGGCAACAAUUUGGAAAUGGUACUUCUUAUUGGAUGUAGUUUGCUAAGCAUACUGUUGGUAUUGAGUGUUGUUGGAUAUUUAUACUUACGCUUAAAAAUGACAUCGCAAAUGCAACGCUUACCAUCCGAUCACCAUGAACUAACACUGCAAGGACCAAUAAUGGAAGUUGAAAACAAUGAUGCUUAUCAAUCCGAAGGUUUUUCACAAAAAACGUUUGACCAAAAAUUGAAUGAGAUUCUCGAUCAAAUUGACUUGAAUAAAAAUCAUGCGAGAAACAAUUUGGCGCUUGAAGUCAAUAACAUGAUUGCAGCCGGUCAGUAUGGUGACAUAAUAAGUGGAAAACUUGAAGGAAAGCCAUGCCAUGUUCAUGUAAUUUCCGAUGAUAUGGAACCAAUAUGCCAAACACAAUUUCUAAAAGAAUUCAAAGCAUUGGCUCAACUAGAUUCUCAUAAAAAUGUUGUUGAAUUCUAUGGAAUAUGCCAGUCAACCAACUGGCUAUACUUCAUAUUCGAAGAUACAAAUAAAUCGUUGAAAAAAGUGCUGAUUGAAUCAAGAACAACUGAUCCAAGGAAUUUUUCAUCACUCUCAGAAUUAUUCAUCUUACAAACACUAUGCGAACUAUCAACGGCCAUGGAAUUUCUCAGCCAAAAGAAGUUUAUUCACGGUAAACUCAAUUCGCACAGUAUACGAAUGACAAGAGAUAAUAUUCCAAAAAUAUCCUGCUUUGGUCCAUGUUUCGAUACAUCUGGAAAAGCGAUUGAGUUAAGCCGUUGGAGUGCACCGGAAAUGCUUCGAUUCCAGCAUUUUUCCGUUCAAGGCGAUGUUUGGUCAUUUGGAUGUGUUAUUUGGGAAUGUUUGGCAAUUGGCGGUACAUUGUAUCCCAGAAUAAAUGCAAAUGAGCUAAUAUAUCGAAUCAAAGAUGGAGCCCGACCCGAACCAUUGCCUUAUGUUAAUAACGACAUGCAUCAAUUAUUGCUUAACUGCUGGCAAGAUGAACCAAGCGAACGACCAUCCUUUUCUGAAAUAACGUCAAUGUUAUGGCAAUUUCUGUCAUCACCUCAACAUAUACUGUUAUUGCAAAGACGCGAAGGAUACACGUUGCCAUACUAUUUACCAUUACUAGAAGAACAGAACGCUUGAAAAACAUUCCGUCAUUUACUAGUGCUUUUUACAUUCGUUUUUUUUUCUAGAUUUAAUAAGUACAACAUUCCAAUUAGUUCGAACAAGAGAAAACAAACACAAUCAUUUGCUAAAGCAAAAUUAUAAUCUAAGACUUUUUAACUAUAGAAAAAUAACGCACGAAUCUUAAGUCAGAAAUAGUAUCACCGAUAUAUUUUUCGCGAAAUUUUCAAUUUGAACCGUUUUGUUCGUUGUCACUGAUUUUUAGUAGUGUUUGUGUUAACGAUAUCGGGAUAUGGCGAGAAAUUAAGCCAGUCUUCCCCUCGCGAGUUUUUUUUUUCAUUUAACCAAUGUCAAUUAUCAUACAGAUUCAACAUUCAUCGGAACGAUUUCCGUUAACAUGACAAAUUUUGUGGCUGAUUUGAUUCAAUCGUAAUUGAAAACAAUCAAGUUUCCGCACAUUGACUUUUUAUUCUUUAUAUUAAGCGGUGCCUUCACAUUAUAAACGAUUCCGUCCAACACAUUUCGUCAGUGUAAUAAAUUUUUAUAUUUUUAAAAUGUAAGAAUUGAAUAAUAAAUGAAACUUUCAUUAUGAACUUCGUA